GGAAACACAAGCGUCGACGCGUCGUGUUAUUGUUUUUGAAAUUCACAUGCCGGCGACUCAUGCUCAUCUGUAACUGCACUGCACUCCAGGAUGUGCAGGGGGCAGUAGCGCUCGCGGUUUAUAUCCCGCAAGCAAACCUAUGACGAAACCACAGAAGAAGAAUGCACCCAGCAUGGCAGGAAGAACUGAAGAUGACGCCCAAAAACUUCGUCCCAAAACGUCCACAGUUUGGGAACAUUUUAACGAAAACAAGCCAACAAAGCAAGUUAAGUGCAAGCUAUGUGACGCCCAGCUUUCAUACCAUGGAAGCACGACGGCGAUGCAUGAGCAUCUGAAACGCCGACACCCCGGAGCCGUAACACCUACACGUGCCGCAGAAAGUUUUAAGCAGAGGCGUGUGGAUGAGUUUGUCAUGAGAAGAGGUUCAUGCACCCCCCAAAUGGCUACAGUCCUGACACAGAGCAUCCUUAACAUGAUUGUGACCGACAUGAGACCAAUAGCCAUGGUUGAAGAUGAUGGCUUCAAGCAGAUGAUCCAGACCUUUCAUCCAGGCUACACCUUGCCAUCCAGAACUCAUUUUACCAAACUGAUUGGUUGAUUUAAAACCAAUUACCUCCUCAACCUGCAAGGCAGGCUACCUGCACCUUUUUUUUGAUACUUCUUGUAAAGAGUUUUUGUUUACUACCUUGCACUUUAAGUU